AUUCGUGAUAUGUAAUGACUCAUGCGAUAAAGCAGUUAUACACAUCCUGUAUAUCAUGCAAUGAGGGGAAUCCCCUGUAUUCCUGCUUAAACUAAUGACGCGUUUUUAUCAUUCGUUACUGUGUUCGAUGAAGUAUUAACAAUGUUUAACAAAUUAUUUGAAUCAGCAGUAAAUUGUAAAAAUUUUCUAUAUGUACAACUUAAGAUUUAAUUAUGGGUGAAUCAUAUAGCCGUGGAAGCGCUUGGCGAGUGGUUCUUCAAAUCUUUAAAUGAUUAUCGUAUUUAUUAGUACGAUUCAUUGAACAAGUGAAGAUAAAGUUUACGAAUUUACAACUAUAUUGUGGUAUUAGGAUCACUGUUAAAAAUGAUUCUGAACACGAAUAUUAUUUUCUGUUGUGCAUUUAUACUGCAAAGUCUGUUAUACGUAUCAGCAAAUAUCCACUUUAAUAUUUAUAAGGGUGGCCCUAAGUCUGUCAGCCAAGGAAAACCGAAACCGCCUAAUCCCUGGAAAAAUGAUACCAUUGUGUUGACUAAAUUUAUGGAUUUUGAAUAUUAUGGUACCAUAAGAAUAGGGCAACCAGCAAAGGAAUUUAAAAUGACUUUUGAUACAUCAUGGGCUGACUCUUGGGUACCAUCUGCACGAUGUGGAAUUUUAGAAAUAUCUUGUCAACUUCAUACAAGAUAUGACAGUUCAAAAUCUUCUACAUAUCAAGAACAAGGAUCUCCAUUUGAAAUAACAAAUGCUAAUUUUUCUCUCAAGGGUUUUACCUCUAUGGAUAACUUUCAUCUUCCACAUGUAGCAGUACUCAAUCAAACUUUUGUGGAAAUGACUCACAUGUCGUGGAGGCCAUUCUCAUUUUAUAAAGCUGAUGGUAUUAUUGGAUUAGGAUUUAUAGCACAAAGUCAGAUUUCUGGAUCCAUACCGUUUCUUUAUAAUAUGGUGAAACAAAAGGUCAUACCAUCACCAUUAUUUACAAUUUAUAUGAAUCGAGAUGAAACAACAAGUAAAGCAGGACGUCUUAUAUUGGGCUCUACUGAACGCAAACAUGUUAAAGGCGAUCUCACUACAAUUCGCAUCAUUGACAAAACUCGCUGGGCCAUCAAAAUUGAUACAUUCAUCGUCAACUCUACAGCAAAGAAUCAUGUGUUUUGCACAAAUACCUGUAAUGCCACCAUAGAUUCAAGUAGUCAUAGUAUUAUUGGGCCAGCAUCAGACAUACGAAGAAUAAAUGACUUAAUAGGAGCUAAAGAAUUUUCUUUCCAGGGAUAUACAGUAUACACGGUGGAUUGCAGAACAUAUGCAAAGCUUCCACAUCUGGAAUUUCAAAUUAAUGAAGUAUGGUUCGAAAUAAGUUCUAAAUAUUAUAUCGAACAUUACAAUUAUCACAGUAUUGACCUAUGCUUGUCACCAUUUGUACCAGGAGGCAAUACUCUCGAAUGGAGUUUGGGUGGAGCAUUUCUUAUGGAAUUUUAUACAGAAUACGAUAUUAAUGGAGGAGUAAUCAGAAUAGGCAAAACAUUAUUUUAAGAGCAGAUAUAGAAUCUGUAUAAGAAAAACUGCUUUCACAAUUCAUAAUUUUAAAUAUUUUUACAUUGUAAUACCAGAUAUUUGGUUAAAAUAUUUUGUAUACAUAAAUACGCCGUAUAUGGUAAUAACAUGUUUAUAAAAUAAAGGAAGAGCAACCUCAGCAAAAUCAA